AUGGUGAUGCGACUCCUCGACACAGAGACCUUUGAGAUGGUCUCGGGGGAGCAGUCGACCUUCAAGCAGGAAGGCUACGCGAUUCUGUCCCAUCGCUGGGUAGGGCGGGAGAUCACCUUUGAGCAAAUCCAGAAUUCCGCGUCCCAACUCCGGGGCAAAGCUGUACAACCCACGGCACAGCUCGCUAAGAUCCGCGGUGCCUGCGACAGGGCGCGUGAGCAGGGCCUGAAAUGGAUGUGGAUCGACUCGUGCUGCAUCAACAAGGCCAGCACUGUUGAGGAGUCCGAGGCUAUCAACUCCAUGUUCAGGUGGUACCGGGACGCGAAGCUUUGCAUCACGUAUCUCAGCGACGUGCGGUACUCUGCCAACGGCCCCAGAGAUGAUGUGUUUUUGACUACCGAGGGGCGUGGCCCGUCAGUCUGGUUUAGUCGUGGCUGGACGCUGCAAGAACUCCUCGCGCCCAGGGCAAUGCAGUUCUUUGACAUGGACUGGCGGUACAUGGGCACGAAAUUCGAGUUGGCAGAUCUACUGGCGCGCAUCACCCGGAUCGACGUGAGCUAUCUUACGGGCGAGAAGCACUUCGGCACCGCAUGCAUUGCCAGCAAGAUGAGCUGGCUGGCAUCCCGCGAGACUGCGCGGGUAGAGGACCUCGCCUACAGCAUGCUUGGCAUCUUCAACGUCGUCCUGACGCCGCAGUACGGCGAGGGAAUGGGGGCCUUCAUGCGGCUGCAGCAGCUUCUGCUGUCGACCCAGACCGACGAGUCCUUGUUUGCUUGGAAGCUGCCCAAGGAUCAACCUCUCCAGACCUUCGCCGUGCCCGGAGGCUGGGAAGCGGACGAGUGGGGGCUUCUUGCCCCUUCACCCUCGUGCUUCUGGGACUCAAAUCGGCUCACGAUUGUCGGCAAGCCACUUCCCAGAGUCCACGGUGGCUUCAUGAUGACGCAACAAGGCCUCCAGGUUCCUAUCUUCGAUCCAGGUAAAGCCCGGACCUUGUCGGCCGUGGUCUGCCCUCUGUGGGUGCUAGGCCCUCUGGUCUGGUGCAUACUCGUCAGAUCUGCGAGGGCAAAGGACAUACUCUUUCCGCUGAACUGUUGGCGUACGGGCCCACAAGGGGGCGGAGCUGCCGUACAGCUCCGUCUCCGAAGAACAGUGAAGAGAGGGGUUAUGCUGAAAAGAAUACGAUGCCACGACCUUGAGUAUACCUAUGACAUACCCUCGAACUCGAGAGCGCAGAGGGCGGAGCCGCAUACGGUGCUCCAGCCGCAACAAAGCUAUCUCGACUGA